AUGUCCGCCGUGCGUGAAGCCGGCGUGCUCGGGCCUGUCGUCGCGCUCAAUAUCUGGACAUUCAUCAUCGAAGGCUGGAUGUACUCCAAGCGCAUCCCAGCUAUUGAAAAGUACAAAGUCACCAUCGACCCCACAAUAACCAAGGAGCAGUUCGCGAACAAAUUCCCACCCCACAUUCGCUGGAUCGCGGACAACUACAACCAUCUCAUGGAGCAGCCGACGCAGUUCUACGCCAUUGCUCUUGCGGUUGCGCUGCUGCAUGAGCGCAGGGGCAGCUCAGCAGAUGUGGCAAUGGCGUGGACAUAUGUGGGACUGCGUGUUCUUCAUAGUUUGGUGCAGUGCUCGACCAACAAGAUCAUGAGGCGGUUUUUGAUUUUUGUUACAUCGUCGGCUGUGUUGUUGGGGAUGACGCUUAAUGCCGCGAGGUUGGCGUUUUAG